AAAAUCAAUCAGUCGUUAGUCAAUCUUUGCGAAAGUCAUACGCGACUGUGAAGUGCGGUUUCUUUUCAUUUUUACACAACCAGUGCUCUGUGAGAGUUGAUAAUCUUGUUUUACAUUCCUGUGUUUGUGCAAUAAGAAGAAAUUUUGCAGCACAAAAUGCCUACCUAUCACAAGCCUGAAUCGAAGACCAUCCAAGAGCUGAAAGACAUCGCCCAUAAACUGCGUAUUCACUCGAUUACCUCGACUCAGGCAUCCAAAUCCGGCCAUCCUACGUCAUGUGCGUCGAUUGCCGAAAUCAUGUCGGUGUUGUUUUUCAACACGAUGCGCUACAAAAUAUCAGCCCCCCGCGAUGCCUCUUCGGAUCGGUUCAUUCUUUCGAAGGGUCACGCUGCACCUAUCCUGUACGCCGCAUGGGCGGAGGCUGGCCUCUUUCCGGUCAGUGAUUUGUCGAAUCUGCGAAAAAUUGAUUCCGAUCUGGAGGGUCACCCAACGCCUCGUUUGAACUUUGUCGAUGUCGGUACCGGUUCUCUGGGCCAAGGAGUGGCCGUUGCCUGCGGUAUGUCCUACAUUGGCAAGAACAUCGACAAGGCGGAUUACAGAACCUAUGUGUUGGUUGGAGAUGGAGAAUCCGCUGAAGGCUCCAUUUGGGAAUCGCUGCAUUUCGCUGGUUAUUACAAGCUGGAUAAUUUGUGUGUAAUCUUCGACGUUAACCGCCUUGGACAAUCGGAACCAACAUCACUGCAGCAUCAAAUGGAAGUGUAUCGCAAGCGUUUGGAUGCUUUCGGUUUCAAUGCAAUCGUAGUCGAUGGCCACGAUGUAGAGGAACUGUGCAAAGCGUUCUACGAAGCUUCCGUUACCAAGGAUCGCCCAACUGCUGUCAUCGCCAAAACUUUUAAGGGUAAACACUUCCCCAACAUCGAGGAUUUGGAAAACUGGCAUGGAAAGCCUCUUGGUGAGUGCGCCAACGGGGUGAUUGAACAUCUGCAGACAUUGAUUCGCAACGGUGGUCCUCUGCAGAUUGCUCCUCCCUCGCCACAAAAGGAGGGAGCUAAGAAGGUUAAUAUCAGCAAUGUACAACUUGCUACUCCUCCGGCUUAUAAACUCGGGGAAUCUGUUGCUACUCGUUUGGCUUAUGGAACAGCCCUGGCAAAGAUUGCGAUGAACAACGAUCGUGUUAUUGCUUUGGAUGGUGACACAAAGAAUUCAACUUACUCGGACAAGUUGCGCAAAGCUUUCCCAGAACGGUUCAUCGAGUGCUUCAUUGCUGAGCAAAACUUAGUUGGUGUGGCUAUCGGAGCCGCUUGUCGUGACCGUUCGAUUGCGUUUGUGUCCACUUUUGCCACUUUCUUUACGCGAGCUUUCGAUCAGAUUCGAAUGGGAGCUAUCUCUCAGACGAACGUCAACUUUGUUGGAUCCCAUUGCGGUGUUAGCAUUGGAGAGGACGGACCCAGUCAAAUGGGUCUAGAAGAUAUUGCCAUGUUCCGCACAAUUCCUGGCAGUACCGUGUUUUAUCCUUCAGAUGCCGUUAGUACCGAGCGUGCCGUUGAGUUAGCUGCCAACACUAAGGGAGUGUGUUUCAUUCGUACUUCUAGACCGAACACUGCGGUACUGUACGAAAACAACGAGCCAUUCCAGAUUGGCAAAGCUAAGGUAGUGAAACAGUCUGCGAAUGAUACAGUUCUGUUGAUCGGAGCUGGAGUGACUCUAUACGAAGCUUUGAAUGCAGCCACUGAGCUGGAAAAAUCCGGCGUACAUGCUCGAGUGUUGGAUUUGUUUACCAUCAAACCUAUCGACAAGGCAGCAAUUGUCAAGAACGCUGCCCAGUGUGGAGGACGCAUCGUUGUUGUUGAAGAUCACUACAAGCAAGGUGGCAUUGGUGAGGCUGUACUUUCGGCCGUCGCUGACCAGCGUAACGUGGUCGUCAAACAUUUGGGAGUUGAUAAGGUACCACGCUCGGGACCGCCAACUGUUCUCAUCGACAUGUUCGGCAUUUCCGCCCGUUGCAUCGUUGCUGCUGUCAACGAUAUUCUCAAAUUGUAAAACUGUUGAACUCUUCAAGAGCCACCGACUGUUGCGCAUAUCCAGCCUAUUGUGGCUUUGCCAGAAAAACUUGUUUAUCAAUUUUCAAAUGUUGCCGUUAAAAAGAUGGGCA